AUGGAAGUGGCGACCACAGAUGUUCCGGAGGCGUACGUAGGCAUGAAGGUGUGUGACUUAUGGAUAGAUGGAACUGGAUGGGACUUAGGGAAGAUCGCGCCUUUCAUCUCGGAUGAUCUUAAACUCGAGCUGAGUGCGGUGGUGGUUGAUAGGGUAACAGGAGCGGGUGAUCGUUUAGCCUGGAAUGAAACCCCUGAUGGUCAAUUCACGGUCACGUCUGCUUAUCGCUUCUUGAGUCGAGAUGGAAUCUACAAACCGGAUAUGGAGAACUUCUUUAACAGAGUAUGGAGAGUUAGAGCGCCUGAAAGAGUUCGGGUCUUCUUUUGGCUGGUUGGAAAUAAGGGGAUCAUGACGAAUCAGGAGCGGUUCCGGCGACAUAUAAGUGAGUCUGAAAUUUGUCAGGUCUGCAAGGGCGGGGUCGAGUCAAUCUUACAUGUUCUGCGUGAUUGCUUAGCUAUGGCCGGUAUAUGGAAACGAAUUGUACCGCGAGGAAAACAGCAAGUCUUCUUUGCUAUGUCAUGUAUGGAGUGGUUGUUUGUUGACUUGAAUGACAACACAGCAACGGAGAAUGGUCCAUGGUCAACUCUAUUUGCGAUUGCUGUCUGGUGGGCAUGGAAAUGGAGGUGCGGUAAUGUCUUCGGGGAUCAAACGCUUUGGAGAGAUCGAGUUAAGUUUGUCAAAGAUUACGCUAAGGAGAUCUUCUUGGUGGGUGAAGGCAGUGUACCAGUGGAGACGGGAAGUCGACAUGACCGGCUGAUAUCAUGGACACCGCCGAUGCUUGGUUGGAUAAAGCUGAACUCCGAUGGUGCAUCACGUGGAAAUCCGGGGUUGGCAACAGCGGGAGGAGUGUUACGGGAUGGUGAUGGCAAGUGGUGUGGCGGGUUUGCACUGAAUAUAGGGAGAUGCACAGCCCCAUUAGCGGAACUAUGGGGUGUGUAUUAUGGGCUUUGUAUCGCCUGGGACAAGCAGAUCACGAGACUUGAGGUUGAGGUGGACUCGUCAGUGGUGGCUGGGUUCUUAAGACAGGGAAUUCCUGACACACAUCCUCUGUCUUUCCUGGUACGUUUGUGCCAUGGCUUUUUAUCGAAGGACUGGGAAGUCCGAGUUACUCAUGUGUAUAGGGAGGCUAAUCAUUUAGCUGAUGGAUUAGCUAACUAUGCAUUUACUUUGCCUUUGGGCUUACAUACUUUUGAUUUUGUCCCUCCGGACUUGUUAUCGGUAUUGCGUGAUGACGAAUGUGGAGUCUCGCGAUCACGAUUUAUUUACAUGUAA